CAAUGCGCAACUCUCGCAAAACACACGCAAAAUGUUAACUGUUAACUGCCAAAGCGCACAAAACAAAGUUGGCAGCUCUCUUCCACACACACACACAUACACACACUCGCACACGCACACGCACACACUCAGUGCGCUGACGUCUAAUGGCAAAUUGCUGUGCUGUGUGUGAGCUACAACAAGUUGCAGUUAGACACAAUAGACGACGCUCUCACGCUCAGUUCGCUCACACUGCGUGUCACACGGUGCGUAUGAGCAAUGUAUGCAAGAAGAACAAUGCGAGUGCAUCAAGAGUUCUCUGUGUGUAUGUGUGUGUGUGUUUUUUUUAUUGUCCUGUUAAAGUUCUGACCCACCAAGACAAUUACCCUGUAUUUUCGAACCCAGUAUUUUUGCCCAACAUAAUUACUUUAGAGCUCGACGCUCACAGACGGCAAACGCAGCUCGUUGAAGUUUGGCCAGCGACACGAUUUCUAAGUUCUAAACAAAGAGAAAACAAAUAUGCAAUAAAUCAAGUUCUUUCAGUUCUGAAACAUUCAGCAAAAGUGCAUUGUAAAUAUCUAAACACAAAAUACGAAACAAAGUAUAACAAAAAAAGAAUGCAAAUCUAUUGUGCAAUAAAAUAUAUACAAAUACUUAUGUACAGCUUCGCUUUUCUAUGCAACAAGCAACUUGCAACAACUGUGUAAGCAACAGCAACAUCAUCAUCAACAACAACAACAAAAAUAAUACUAAUAAUAAUUCUAAUCACAAACAUCAGCAACAAUUUGAAAUAAAACAAACAACGUUCUACAAAUUCAACUUACUUUUCUAAUGCAAAAUACAAAAAUACAAAUUUGAAACAACGAAUGAAUAAACAACGCCGUUUACAAACAUAACUUACAACCAAGAACAACAACAACAACAACAUUAUGAAUAUAUUGCUGACUACUGAAAAUCUUCUACAAAAAUAGCGGGUGCUUUAAAAUCUAUUAACAACACAAAAUGGCUGCGAAACCGAAUGUGCUACAAGAAAAAACAUUUGAGCUGCAACCACACCAAUUACAACAACAACAACUCAUCGCCACAACAACAACAACAGAAACAACCGCCACCAGCAGCAAAGUUCGACAGCGUUUUACUCGAACGCUGCAAAAAUGAAACAGAAACAGAAUCGAGGCAUUGUUGAAAGAUUUAUACAAAUGUUGCUCUCAAUAUGAAAGCCACCUAAAGAAAAUAGCAGCAAAAUAACACGGGAAGACAACGACCUUAUCAAGGUCAAAGUGCAACACACACUCACACAUACAUACACCCACAUACACAACACUUCCACACACACCCACUCACAUACACACACACACACACACACCAAGAAAUGUGUUAAGUGCGAUGCAAACUGCAAACUGAUCCGUGAAAAGGUUCAACGAAUUUCUUAAAGUCUAAAGAAAGAAAACCAAAAAUAAAAAAAAACCAACAACAAAAAUCCAAUAAAAAUUCUUUAAUACCAAAAACAAAACAAAAAAUACUAAACAAAAAGUAAAAUUUAGAAAUUUGCUCUGUGAUUUUCUAUCAGAAUGGUUUAAUAAUCCAAAUAAUAUUAAUAACUUAUAAUAAUAAUAAAAUAAUAGAAUAAACAAAUACAAGAAUUCAUAAAUUAUUAUAUUUAUAAAUAUUGCCUAAUUGCAUUCAAAAAAUAAAUUAUUUAAGAACGAGAAGCUUUAAAUUUCCCAACACAAAACCAAAAAACCGAAAAACAACUAAAAUUCUAUAUACAUAAAACAAAUAAAAUAUAAAAUUUAGAGGCAAACUAAUUAGUGCAACUGUAAUUAGUAUUUAUGUGCAAAGCCAACGAAACAACAUAAACCACAUACGAGUUCAAGUUCGAGUUCGAGUUCCAGUUCAAGUUGCAUUUGUGGCAUUCAUAUCGCGACCCCAGCUGAACACUCGCCCCCAUCCCUUAGUAGCCAUGGAUGAAAUGCCAGAUUUGUCGCAUCUGACGCCGCACGAGCGCAUGCAGAUUGAGAAUGUGCUCAUGCGGCAAAAACAGGAGGAGGAGAAACAGAACGAGAUAAUGCGUCGAAAACAGGACGAGGUUGUCACGCUGGAGAUGCAAAUCAGACAGCGAUCGGAGCAGCAGAAGAAGGCCGGCGUCGAACUGGAUGCCACCUGUCACAUAUGCCUUAAGACCAAGUUUGCCGAUGGCGUUGGCCACAUUUGCCAUUAUUGCAACAUUCGCUGUUGCGCUCGUUGCGGUGGCAAAGUAACUCUGCGUAGCAACAAGGUCAUUUGGGUGUGCAUACUGUGCCGCAAGAAGCAGGAACUGUUGUCCAAAACAGGCCAAUGGAUCAACAAGACGGCGGUACAACAAGAUGGUUUCAUCCGGCGCAUCGAACCCGAUGGCAGCAGCGACAUCUCACAGCAGGCCAUUGUGGAUCCUCACGAUACCACGGACAAGCGACCAAAGCUGGAGCGCACUCGCAGCGCCGCCGAGAAGGAGAAUCUGCCCAUGCAACGUGCUGGCAGCAUGUUGCGUCGUCAGUAUUCGCAGCAGGAGCAGCCAACGAAUCGACGUCUCUCCGUCUCCGAUAGCGGCAUGGAUGCCAUGAGUCCUGGGCAACAGCAGCAGCAGCAACAGCAGCGACAGCGCAUGCAACCAAUGAAUCCGCAGCAGGCGCAACAGUACCAACAACAACAGCAGCAACAGCAGCAGCAGCAACAACAAGGAUAUGGACAGCAGCAUCCACAGCGAUCGGGUGCUUAUCCAGAGGAUGAUCCGCGAUACUAUCAGGGCGAACUGGACGGUUUGAUGCGACAACAUCCGCAUCUGGCGCAUCCCAGCCAGGUGCAACAGCAACCACAUCAUCAGCAGCAGCAACAUCCGCACCAACAGCAACAUCAGCAGCAACAACAACAACAGCAUCUCACGCCACAGCAACAGCAACAACAGCAGCGACAACAGCAAGCACAGCAACAGCAACAAUAUGCUGCACGCCAGCAACAGCAGCAGCAACAUCAGCAACAGCAGCAGCAGCAACGUCAGCAGCAACAACAUUCACAGCAGACACAAAGACUGCAACAGCAGCAGCAGCAGCAGCAACAUCAACAGCAGCAGCCGUAUCAGGGACAAGCGACACAUGCUCAGAUCCAUCAGCCACCGUCAGCGAUGAGCCAAAGCCAACAAAUGGUGAGCGGUGGCUAUCAGAAGCCGCCUCCGUUGACACGAAAUCUGACGAUCAGCGGGGGACACGCAAUGGAUGCCACCUCGUACAAUCAGCAACAGCAGCAGCAGCAACGUCGUGCCUUGGCCGGAGCUCAAUAUGCAUCGCAGCAGCAGCGUUCGUUUAGCAGCUCCGAGGAGGAGUUCCAGAACCAAAUGAUCGCAGCUCAGGCCCAGGCUCAGAUGGGGGCAACGAUCAAUGCGGGCUCCGAUUAUGACGGCGGGCGUCUUCAGGUGCGCACGGAUCCCUGGCGCCAACAGCGCAGCCUCAACGAACGUGAUCUGUUGACGGUCGGCGGUUCGUACGGUUCGACGGACUUUCGCCUGUUGGGCCAUACGAAUCAGCGGCUUUACGCCUCGGCGGAUCAACGGGAUCGUUACGAGCUGCAGCUGCAGCAUCGCGAUCGUCUCGAGCAGUAUCCAUUGACCAGGACCGCUCGCUUGGACGUGCAGCAGAGGAACUCGUUGAAUCGCAGCAAUCACGAGCGACAAUUUACUGGAGGAGGAGGUGGAGUUGGAGGAGUCGGAGUUGGGGGAGCUGGUGUCGGUCCUGGCGCUGUUUCUGGUACUGGUGCUGGAGUCGGUGGUGGCGCCUUCCGUCGUGCACCGCCCUUGGCCGCGGCCAGCGGCUGCGGAGGCAGCAGCAGCAGCAGCACCAGCAGCAGCUACUAUCCACAGAGCCAGAGCCAGAGCCAAAGCAAGCCGCAGAUUGUAAUCGGAGCGGGCACGGGAACGGGAUCAUCAGUUGGAGCAGGCAUUGCCUAUGAUCGUGGCGCCAUGUCGGCAACAGCAGCUGAUGGCGCCAGGGGCAGCCUGAGCCGAGAGCGCGGCCUGCUCGGCGCUGGCGGUGGCGGCGGCAGCAGCUCCCUCAGCUCCACGGAGGCCGCCUACUGGGACGAGCCGACGGGCAGCACAUCCUCCUCAUCGGCGGCCCAGGAUUCGCGUCGCUUCACCGAGCGUAGAAUAAAAAAGACCGUGCGCUUUGAUGCCCACGACGAUGAGUCGCUGUUGCUGCCACCUGGCAGCGGUGGAGGAGGAGGCGGUCUAGGUGGUGGCAACAACAGCAGCAGCGCCUUGCCACCAGUGACAACUAUAUUGCCCUCGACGGCUGUCGAUGUGGGCACGGCGACGCUGUUGACCAGCGCCAAGCUGACGCAACAACCCCUCGAUGGGGAUUGGUCGCGUUGGGAUGCCGAGCGUCAGGGCAGCCAGGAUUCGGCAACCAAAGAUUCGGGCAUCGAUACGAGCAGCACGUUCACCAGCAGCGAGGACUCGAAUCGCGGCGAUGGCCCCAAGAAUCCGGUGAAUUGGCAAACAUCCGCGGAUAAUACUCGCAUGAUUGGUCACAUGAUAUUACGUAAAUACUAUGAUGGGGAAGAUAUAUUAGGCUUAAAGGUGAACGGCGGUCAGCCCAUUGGCAGCAUCCAUGGCGGUCCAUGCGGCGCCAUUGUGGAGAAGGUGAAGCGCGGUUCGGUGGCCGAUCUCGAGGGCUGCAUUCGACCAGGCGAUGAGAUCAUCGAGUGGAAUGGACGCAGUCUGCACAACAAAAGUUCAGAUGAGGUCUACGAUAUUAUAGACGAGAGUCGACUGGAUGCCCAAGUGGAGCUCGUUGUCUGUCGCUCGUUGCUGUUGCCCACCGGGGCAAGCGGCAGCAUCGACAGCGGCGGCAGCAGCAGCAACGUCAGCCCCAUCAGCGCCUGCUCCGGUUCCACCAGCAGUGCCCCCCAACGACGCUCCUCGGCCAACACGCCGCACAGCGGCCUCGCCACCAGCAUGGCUGGCAGUGCGGUGGUCAGCAGCGGAGGGCGGUAUCUGCAGCGUAAAGCGCCUGGCGUUGAAGCGCUCGAAUUGCAUCGUGAGAAGCCGAGUGUGCUGAUCACAUCGCCUGGCUCGCCGGAUCUGCACGUGAGCGGAUCGGGCAACGGGCUGCGGCAUCGUGGCGCAGGCAGCUCGAGUGUCGCACAGCAGACACAGCGUCUGGGUGCCGGAGGCCAUAGUCACAGUCACAGCCACAGCCACAGCGGGAGUAAUCACAGCAGCAGCCACAGUCACAGCAGCCAUAGCAGCGGCAGCGGGGGCAGCAACAGCGGGAGCGGGAGCAGCAACAGCAGCGCAACACUACAAGCAGCAGCUGCUGCCGCCGCGGGCGGCCUGCACAGCACAACGACGGCGGGCCAUCAUCACCAUUGCCAUCCGGCAGCGCCAUCACCGCCAUCGCACACGCAUCCGCACCCGCAUCCGCAUCCCCAUCAGCAUACGCACAGCCACUCGCAUGUGCCGCAUCAUGGCAUGGGCAUAACAACGCAACCGAUACCGAUCGAGGGGCGGCUGCAGCUCAAGCUCGGUUACGAUCAGAAUACGUUGCAGUUGAUUGUGACGCUUGUUUGCGCCACGGGCCUGUCGCUACGUCAAAGCGGCGCCGGGCGCAAUCCCUAUGCCAAAGUGUUUCUGCUGCCCGAUCGCAGUCACAAGUCAAAGCGACGCACGAAAACUGUGGGCACAACCUGCGAACCGCGCUGGGGUCAAACGUUCAUCUACUCGGGCCUGCGUCGUUGCGAUCUCAAUGGUCGACUGCUGGAGGUCACACUGUGGGAUUAUGUCCGCUAUGGCGCCAACGACUUCAUCGGCGAGGUGGUCAUUGAUCUGGCCCAUCACAUACUCGACGACGAGGCCGAAUGGUAUCAGCUGCAGCCACAUCAGGACACCUCCCAUCUCUUACGUGACGAGGGCAGCGAUGUGGACGGCCUGAUACUGACACCGACAGAUCAUUUAUCACCGCCCAGCACAAUGUCGCGUCUGAGCGAUUCGGACACAACGUCCGAAUGCGACAUCGAUGGAAUGACGCCCGGUGCCAGCAUAUCAUCCAUGGGCAGCUCCACCAGUCCGCCGCUGCUUGAGCUCGAUCUAAACGAGCGUCGAUCCAGACGUGACAUGUCACCCCAGGGCCGUAAACGGGUGGCCGGAAUGGUGGCCCGAGAUUAUCGCACUGUAUCUGGCAUUGGACAAAGUUAUCACAAUCAGGCCUCUGCCACGGGCUAUUAUAGGCGAGGUGGCGGUAAUGGUGUUGGCGCUGCCAUUGGACCCGGUGGCAUGAGCCUGAGCCAGCGCAGCCACUCGGCGGCACCAAGCGAUAACUACCACAGCGGCGGAUCCGGGUCGGGGCACGGUGCGCCUGGCUACGGCUAUCGAAGCAGCAGUCCACGUCGAGGCUCCCUCUCGCCCCCCGACGAUCGUUACAUUGACUAUCCAGUGCUUCCAAUUCACGGUUCACCCAACGCCGCUGCUUACGGCGGCAGCUCGGCUACGGCGGCGGCACAGCAGCAACGUUUCCAAUCGCGCUCAGCGACUGCCACGCCCACGGGAUCUCCCAAAAAGCGUCAACUGCCACAGGUACCACAAACUUCGCGCAGCGCCAUGUUGCGUGAUCGACUGGGUCAGGACUUUGACGAGCGCCUCGCUUCGGGCAGUCGCUUUGGACGUCAUCGGACACGACAGCCGCACCAUCAGGCUACAUAUCGCAGUACCGGCAUGGGCGGUUGGGAACGCCACUAUACCGGACUGUCGGACAGCGAUCUGCAGUCGAUGGACACACGAAUGCGGCCACGCCACUCUCUGUCGCCGGAUAAAGAUUUCAUGGGUGAAUUCGGUGACUCGGACAUGGAGUCGGUGGUCAGUGUGACGUCCAGCGCCUUCUCAACGCAAUCGGAACGGCCGCGCACAUCGCGUGGACUCAGCUUUCCACGCAACUGGCGCAAUCUUUUCGGCGGUGUGCCGCACAGCCUGCUGGGCAGCACCGUUGGCGGUGGCCCCGUCACCGGCCUCAAGGUGUAUCACCCCAUUGAGCACCACCGUGCCAACACCAUCGAGGUGGAUGACUGCGACUAUCUGUCGAGUGGCGGCACCCAGCAACUGCUGCUGCUGGAGCAACUCGAACAGCUGCAACAGUUGGCCGCCUUGGCUGCCGCUGACUCGCCACCAAACACAGCGGCGCUAUGUGCAGCAGCAGCAGCUGCAAGUGGCAAUGAUGCAAGUGCACUGCCAAUGACAGCACAGCGAGUGCUGGUGACGGAUACGAAUAGCGGUGAACUGGUUGAGCAGUUCUUUGUGGAGCCAGCUUUGGUGGCGGAGGAGACGCAGACGCCACUGUCGCUGUCGCUGUCGCUUGAUCCGCUGUCGCAUGAACCACAUUUGCAUACGCAUGGUGUCUACUAUUCGCCAUCGUCUCAUUUGCCCCAUACCACAACAACAGCAACAACAACAACAUUCAUUCAGCCGCCGCCAGACAUGUACCACCACCACCAACAACAACAACGACGCCACUUGAACGGACGGCCGCUCGCCCCCACCACCGUAACCACUCAUGACCACCACAACCACCACCACCACAACAACAGCAUCAACAACAGCAACAACGCCUAUGCGAUGCCGCUGCCCAGCUUUGAGCAAUUCAAGCGCAUUACCACGCCCGUCAUGAAUCUCUUUCGCAGCUCCAAUUCAGCGGCCAGCGCAACCGCAACCACGCCUGCCCACGAUCACGCCCAUCUCCACGCCCACGCGCACGCCCACGCCCACACAGUAUCCUCCUCGCCCAGCUCGUAUGUGGGCUAUGUGCGUGAUCAUCUGGACAAGAGCUGCAGUCACUGCCAGAACGGCAGUCAGCCCGUCGUCCUAUCCACCAACACAGCGCUCGCCACGCCCGGUCUGGCAAUUGGCGCCUGUGGGGAUCCCUGUUGUCUGGCCGAUGCCCAUCCACAUCCACAGCACCAGCCCAUUGCGUAUCCCUACAGUGCCGAGCAGCUGCUGCGGCGUCCCUCGCUCUCCAUGUACCAGCCGAGCAGCUCGGAACCCUCGCUGCCCACCAUGGAUCCCACGAUGUGUGGCGAGUGCGUUGAUCAGCAUUUCCUGGGCGGUCUGACGGGGCCACAGCUCAAUUUGGGCGUGGUGCCCACCUAUCAUGUUCACACACCGACGCCGACCGCGCAUCGUCGUGCCAAAUCGCAGCUGGCCACGCCCCCAUCGCUGCCCACACAAUCUGUGUUGCGUCUGUCCCGACAGCUGAGCGAGGACGCCCUCGUCUCGGCGGUGCCCAUUGCCGAGGCCACCGCACGGGCGCAACCCACAUCGAUCCUAAAGAAACCGAAGCUCGAGCGACGUCGCAUGUUCCACGAGGGACAAUCGCGGUCCCUCGACUACGACGAUCUGCACACCAAGAGUUGGGGUCGUCGACGCAUACGCUACGAGGACGAGGUGAUGCCACCCGAUAUGAUGCUCGACAUGGCCGGUUAUCCCGAAGAGAUGGGCGGACAGUUGCCCAGUUCACGACGUUACGGCUCCGAGACGAACAUACGUCAGUCGUAUAUGGGCGCCAAUGUGGAUGCUGCGAAUCCGUUGAGUCAUUCACAUUUCCUGGUCACCGACGACAAGAUCGUAACGAUCACCUACGACUCGGAUGUGGGUUGGACGCGACGCGGUGUUGCUCCCUCCCUGUUUCGGGGGCCACAUCGACGGGGACUCGAUGCUCGCAAUCACAUGUCGCUCGAUCUGCAGCGGACCAGCCAGCAGAAGAUGUAUGGCCCGGCAGCUCCGUAUAUGAAGCGACGACGCAAUCUGCCGCAUCCGCCGAGUGCGCAAAAUGCCCACAACUUUUCGCCCAUGGAAGUUGGUGUCGGUGGUGGGGUCGGUGUCGGUGUCGGUGUGGCAUCGGGGGUUGGUGUUGGGGGCGGGCUACAGAACAGUGUACACAACAACAGCAACCACCUGAACAACAGCAACUACACCAACAACAACAACUACAAUAACAAUCACAACUACAGCAACAGUAACAGUAACAACAACAAUCCACACAACAACAAUAGCCAAGCAGCGAGUAGUGUUAGUAAUAGUCACAACAACAACAACCAACAACAACAACAACUACAACAGCAACAACAACAACUACAACAACAACAGUCAGUUAGGCAAAAAGGGAAAGAAGGCAUCGCCAUCGUCAAUGGAUUGAUGGCAACGGCAUCGGAACAACUGACGAAAUCUAGUAGUGGGAGCGGUGGUGCAACAUCUGCUGCCGCUGCUGGUAAUAUCGUCGUCGAUGGUAAUAAUGCUAAUAAUGCUUCUUCUUCCUCUUUUGCAAAUCCCCCACAACAACAUCAUGGUGUCGCAUCACCCAAUAAACGUGCCCCAUCAUCAAUACAAAACACAACAACCACAAACGACGCCAACAACUUGACCCUUGACGCAACAUCACAACAACAACAACAACCAAAUACAUGCACAAAUCUCAUUACAAAUACAACAACAACUACAACAAACACAUCGUCGAAUGCAACGAAUGCUGCGGCAACAACAACAACAACCACAACGACUACAACAUCAUCAACAACAACAACGGCAACGACUGCUACAACAACUGCCACAAAUACAACAACAACAACAACCAACACGAAUGAACCAAACGCAACAACAACGAACGACGCGGAUGCGGACGCGGAUGCUCCGCUCGAUGUUAUCGAUUGGGAUGCUAUCGAUGCGAUGCUCGAUGACGAUUUCAGCGAGUACGAUAAAGACAAAAAUGGCACCGGCGAACCAGGCGCCGCCAAAUCGGGCGACGCCACCGGCGAUGCUGAAGACAAAGCUGAUGGCAGCCACUCUGAUACGACAACAGAUCGAAAGAAAGCCGGAAACGUGGAUCAGGAACGUUCGCCAAAAGGUGGCAGCGGAAUGGGCAAGAAAUCCAACUCGACGUCGCAGCUAUCGGCAACAGGUCGUAAAAGACGUAUGGGCUUUGGAAAGAAGGGUAAGAACUCGUUCACGGUGCAUCGCAGCGAAGAGGUGCUGCCUGGUGAUAUCACGCGAGAGAUGCGCUCGGGCGGAGGAGCGGGCGGCGGUGGCCUCUCCCGUGGCUCGUCCUCGGAGGCGGACCCAAUUGAACAGUUUUUCGGCGAUGGCGCUGGUGGGGAAAGAUUUUCGCCUUCACUGCGUAAUGAUGGAGCCCUUAAUGAGUUUGUGGAUGGUCUAGGACCCGGACAAUUGGUGGGUCGCCAAGUGCUGGGCGCUCCCUCGUUGGGUGACAUACAGUUAUCGCUGUGCCAUCAAAAGGGCUUUCUCGAGGUGGAGGUCAUACGUGCCAGGGGUCUUAGCAAAAAACCCUCAUCGAAGAUGUUGCCUGCGCCCUAUGUGAAGGUGUAUCUGGUAUCGGGCAAACGUUGCAUUGACAAGAUGAAAACAUCGACAGCACGUCGUACACUGGAUCCGCUUUAUCAACAGCAAUUGGUAUUCAAACAACCUUACAACGGUUGUGUCCUACAGGUGACCGUUUGGGGCGAUUACGGCCGCAUUGAAAAGAAAGUGUUUAUGGGCGUGGCACAGAUAAUGCUUGAUGAUCUGAAUCUAUCGAAUAUCGUUAUCGGCUGGUACAAACUCUUUGGCACCACCUCACUGGGUCGUCCGAUUGUUUGGGCCGGUGAAUCAAUUAUGGAGGAGCAGGGUGAAUAACACUUCCCAACAACAGUGAAAACACUUUAAAGACACCAAACAAGCACAAACAAAAAAAUAAAACAAUAAUUGCAAACAUGCCCCCAAAAAGCAAAACGAACUGAAUUUAACCCUUGCAAAGAGCUGCCAGCCAGGCAGCCAAAUAGCAAAGGACCAAGGUCAGCCUGCAGGAACUAUGCAAAUGGGAGUUACCGGAACAAUUGGAUAUUGGAUAUGUGCCCGAUUUCCACUCGACACGUUGCUGGCCUAAUCUAUGUCCAAUAUAUAUAUAUGUGUAUAUAUAUAUACAUCGAAAUAUAUAUAUAUGUAUGCAUAUUUUUUUUGUAUUCUACGACCGGGAGAUUUCCAUAAAGUAUAAGAAUCUAGUUAAUUUUGUAAGUCAUGAGAACAAAUGCAUUUAAAACCAAAACCGAAAACACAAGCAGAGGCAGUAAAAGUAAAAACAACUUAACUAUGAAAUUCAAAAUAAAUGAUCCAAGAUAUAAAUGUACACAUCCAUAUACAUAUAUUGUAUAUAUGUGUAUAUGUAGACAUCUAAUUUAAUUGAUAAUAUUAUAUUUGAGAAAUGAAACUUGUAAAUUGAUGCAUAUUUGAAAGAGUUUUUAUUACACACCUAAGAUCACUAUUAUUUUCGUAAUACGAUUAUUAUUAAUUAUUAUUAUUAUUAUUAACUAUUAUUGAUAAAACCAAAACAAAACAAAAAAAAACUACAACCAAUAUAUAAGAUUAAAAAAAAGUGCUAAUAUCGAGAAGAUCGAGAAGAUAGAACCUAAUGCUAAGUCAAGUGAAAAGUUACAGAAAAAUAGGGCGAAGUGUAAGAAGAAGAAGAAGAAGAAGAAGCAAAGUUGUUUAAUAUAGCUAAAUUUAAAUCAAUAAAUUAAAGAUACAGAUUUUCAAAAUGUUUACGAGUAUAUAUAUAUAUAUUAUAUACAAUAUAUGUAUACACAUACAUAUACAUAUAUAUACAUACAUAUAUAUAUAUAUAUAUAUACAUAUUUAAUGUUUAAGCAAGCAAAGAACCACUAACACUUAAAUAAGCCUAACUUACGAUAAACUUAAACUUAAAGUUAAUCAUAAAGUAACUAAAACAAAAAAAAAACAUUGAGAUAUAUGAUAUAUGAUGAGAUAUGUACUAUUAAUCCUCAAAAUAUUUAUCAAGCGUGACCGAUUGAGCUAAUUUAAUUUGGUAAAACACAAACAACAAAACAUGCAUUCAAUUGAUAAAUACAAAUUUAUCUUAGGCUGUACAUAGACCCACAUAAACACACCAAUACACACACACACACACAUCUACUCACACAUACCCAUAGAGAGUUCAAAUUUGUUAAACUUAGCCAUUAUGCAAGUACUAUAUAGAAUAUAUAUUUUUGUUUCGCUUUUUCGCUCUGCCCAACUGCAUAAACUUGGCAGAGAAUCCACAGUGUGCAAGUUUUUGAGAAAAGUGCUGAAAAUACUAUAGAUUAGCAAUCGGCAAUCGAUAUAUAUUUCAAUAGAACACGAUUUCUAUAUAUGCAUUUUCGAUAUUGAGAGAUUUAUUUGAAAGCAUUCUCAAUUCUAGAAUCCAAGCAUUAGACGCGCAUCACUCUCUCGCUUCUAGAUCACAGACACACGGACCCCUAAAAAUAUUUAUUCAACUGCAUACUCGUAUAUAUCUUCUGCCUACAUCAGAUAACUCGAUAACCGCAUCAAGUACCUUCAAAUUAAUAGUGUGAGCUGUAAAAAUGUUACCUGCUUGCUAAUGAAAUUCAUAUAAAAGUGAAACACAUGCCACAUCUUAGGCUUAUAAACAAUUUAUUUGCAGAGUUUGAAGACAAAACAAAAAACAAAAUAAUUACUUAUUCCGAUAUAGAAACGUAUAUGACAAACAUUGUUUUAGCGUUUGAUCGCGUUUUCUUGGGCAACAUUUUGCAAUGCAUUCAGUCUCUAAGAGAAGAGACUACACGAAAUGGUUCAUUUUGAGUAAACAUAUCAUAUGCCUGCGAGAGAUCUAUUUACUUAGUUGGGAGCAGUAGGUUUUAACUACUGUUAUUCAUGUUGUUCCUAUUCAGAUCUUACAUACAUAACAUACAUAUAAAAACUAUAAAUUAUAUUCCUUCACAUCAGAUGAUAUUAAUUUCAACCUGUCCGUCCAUUCAUCAGCUUUUGCAUUACAUUCAGAAACAAAUACGGAUAUGGAUAACCAUCCACGUUUCUAGAAACAGAACUACAUCAACACAAUAUAUACGUAACGAAUGCCAAAUAAUAAUCCAUUAAAUGCAACUUGAAAAUACAUUCAAAAUGUUGCCGCAAGAGAUGAUCGAGGGACAUCACCUAGAACCAGAUUAAAACGCGCUUCAAGAACUUCAAUACUAUCAGCGAGGUUUCCAGCAAAUAAAUAUACCACACUUUAAACGAUAUUUAGAGACAGAUACAGAUCCAAGUACAGAUACAUUAAUGCAUACCAAUACAUACAAAGCAUACAUACUAAUUAUAAUAACCAGACUUUGACACUCUGCUCUUUACAUUUCUCAUACAACCAAAACUUUUCUAAGAUAAAACUCUAUUUUUUUUAUUUAAAGUGUUCUCCUAAAAAAACAUUUAAAUGCUUUUAUUAAUCAGCAACAAUAAAAAUACAAAUACGAUAAUACACAUUAAAUUAUAAUAUUGGCGUGCGUCAAUAUUUCAAUGCUCUUUCCAUACAAUUGAUAAAGUAGCUGACGAAAAACUUUCUAAACGAAAAUUGUUUUGUAUUGGUAACAAUCUUGCGUUGUCUGAUAUAUUCAUUAACUACUCCAACUAUUUAUUGUUUCAACUCUUUACUAGCAUUAAAAUAAUAAAAUGAAGUAAAUUGAUUAACUAAAAUCCAUUUGAAGUAUGAAAUUUUUGCUGGAAAGAGUAUUUUUUCAGCAUACUGCAUUUCAUUGUGGUGCAUCUAUAUAAUUAGAAUUCCAGUCACAAAAAAUUUACACAUUAUACACACAUCUAGAAAUGUUAUUGAAACACAUGAUAUAUUAUGACAAGUUAUUUAAAAGAGACAAAGAAUAAAACCGAAAAAAAUGCUAUUUACUAAGUUCAAACUGAUAAAAACAAUUUAAAUAUACAGCAACAAGAACAAAGAGAUAUAUCAUUUAUUGCAAAAUGUUGAAAAGUAAAAAAUAAAAAAAACAAAAACAAAAAA